CUUGAAACUCUGUCCGUUCAACAACUGGUCGACUGCAGUCAUGAGGGUGCAAAUGAGGGAUGCAAUGGCGGUGAUGCACCAAACGCCUUCAAAUACGUAAAAAAUAACGGUGGCUUGCAACUGGACCAAGACUAUCCAUAUAUUUCAAACAUCACCGACGUGCCUAACCCUCAAUGUGCCUAUGACAGGAGCAAACGGGCAGUUCAAAUUACCGGUCAUGUGAUUCUGCCAUAUUUUGACGAGGAUGCAUUGCUUCAAGCUGUCGGGUUUUAUGGGCCAGUUGCAGUAUCUUUUGAUGCAAGACACACGAGCUUCGAUGAUUACAAG